AUGGUUUCAUCACCAUUCCUCGCCGUCGCGUUAGCGGUUUUGGCCAUUCGCAGCGUUAAUGCUGGUCCAUGCCGUCCCUCAUCUGUCUCAACCACCGAGGGCUCUAUGUCAAGCAGCCUGGAAUCCACGCUUGCUCUUUCCACCACUGCUGAGCUUUCUGUCUCUACAACGCAAACUGCAACUGGUUUUAACGCUGCCUCUUCAUCUGAAACUUUGGCCGAUGCCACCACGACUACCCAAACCGCUCAAGACACCACCACGACAGCCGUCGAGACAACAUCGAUCACUGAGCCUUCUGUCGCCACAGCUGGAGCAACUCCUGUCUCCGAAGAUAUCUCAACUUCUGUUACUCUGAGUGAUGACACCACGGUCCUCCUUGCCACCACUACGACUACUCGGGCUGUCGAAGACAUUGCGACGACAGCCCCAGCAACGACAACGACCACUGAAGCUGCUGGGCCAGACGAGUGCACUCUGAACGUCGAGUGUGAGACUAUCUACGGCUUGGCCAAGCCCAUUUGCGAUGCCGGCACUUGCGUUCCCGACAACAGCCAGCCCAAUCCAUGCACCGAUGACAAUGAAUGUACUGCCCCCGGCGAAACCUGCUCGGACUCUGGUUUCUGUCAUAUCGCUUCAGAAGAACCAGAUUAUUGCGCUGAUCAAAACGAUUGCCUCUUGUCCGCUAAGCCUGUUUGUGCUAUAGGACUCUGCGAGUGCUCCCAAUCGACAAACCAAUGUACACCACGAUCUGAUCUGCAAUUCUGCCAGUCAAAUGCUGGGUGUUCAGCUGGCGCUACUUGCCAGCAGGGUAUCUGUGUUGAUCAAGUUAACUGUGGUAAUCCUUCAGAUUGCGAUAGCAACUUGGAUCUGUGUGUUAUUCCUGGAGUAUGUGUCUGCCAGAAUGGUGUUUGUACCCUUGGCGUUUAA